GGGGGGGCGAGGGAGCGCCGCUGGUGCGGCCGGUGUCACCGCGGGCUCUGCCGGUACCGCACCUGCGGUGAAAAGUGAACCCUGAUGGCUUCUGCGCCUGCUUCUCAGCCUUCUCCUAAAAAAACAGUAGCUUCUCAGGUGCCCUUUGCUGAUCUGUGCUGUACUCUGGAGCAGAUGCAGACAUGUAAAUCUCGGCCAGAGAAAACCAGGUAUUUCAAGGAUUUUCUGGAUUCUUGGAGGAGGUUCCAUGAUGCUCUUCAUCAAAAUGAGAAAGAUGUUACAGAUUCUUUUUACCCAGCAAUGAGACUUAUUCUUCCGCAGUUGGAAAGAGAAAGGAUGGCAUACGGAAUUAAAGAAACUAUGCUUGCAAAAUUAUAUAUUGAACUGCUUAAUCUACCAAAAGAUGGAAAAGAUGCUGCAAAGCUUUUGAAUUACAGAACACCUGCUGGCUCACGUGGAGAUGCUGGAGAUUUUGCAAUGAUUGCAUACUUUGUAUUAAAACCUAGGUGCCCCAAAAAAGGCAGACUGACAAUAGAACAGGUCAAUGAACUCUUAGAUGCAAUAGCUAAUAAUAAUGCUGCCAAAAACAAGGGUCUAUUAAAGAAAAGUCUCCUUCAGUUAAUUACUCAGAGCUCAGCACUUGAACAAAAAUGGCUUAUCCGGAUGAUUAUAAAGGAUCUAAAACUUGGUGUUAGUCAACAAACUAUAUUUUCCAUUUUUCACCCUGAUGCAACUGAAUUACACAAUGUCACAACUGAUUUGGAAAAAGUCUGUAGACAACUACAUGAUCCCACUGUCUCACUUAGUGAUGUUUCUAUCAUGUUAUUUUCUGCCUUUAAACCAAUGCUUGCUGCUAUUGCUGAUGUCCACCAAAUUGAGAAACAAAUGAAUAAUCAGAUAUUCUACAUAGAAACUAAAUUGGAUGGUGAGCGUAUGCAGAUGCACAAAGAUGGAGAUGUAUAUAAGUAUUUUUCUCGAAAUGGGUUUGACUAUACUCAGCAGUUUGGUGCUUCACCUCUUGAAGGUUCAUUAACUCCAUUUAUUCAUAAAGUAUUUAAAAGCAAUGUGCAAAAUUGCAUUCUUGAUGGUGAAAUGAUGGCUUACAAUCCUGAGACACAAACAUUCAUGCAAAAAGGAAACAAAUUUGACAUAAAAAGAAUGGUGGAGGAAUCUGAUCUGCAAACCUGCUACUGUGUAUUUGAUGUAUUAAUGGUUAACAAACAAAAGUUAGGCCAUGAAACACUAAGCAAAAGAUACGAGAUCUUAAGUGAUGUAUUUACCCCAGUAACAGGGAGAAUACAUACUGUACGUAAAACAAGUGCCAGAACUAGAAAAGAAGUAAUUGAUGCUUUAAAUGAAGCAAUAGAUAAUAGAGAGGAAGGAAUUAUGGUGAAAGAUCCCAUGUCAUCUUACAAGCCUGACAAACGUGGGGAAGGGUGGUUAAAAAUCAAGCCAGAAUAUGUGAGUGGGUUGAUGGAUGAACUAGACCUUUUGAUUGUUGGUGGUUACUGGGGAAAGGGCUCACGUGGUGGAAUGAUGUCUCAUUUUUUGUGCGCUAUUGCAGAGACUCCACGUCCAAAUGAAAAACCUAGUAUUUUCCAAUCUAUUUGUCGUGUUGGCUCUGGUUAUACUAUGAAGGAAUUGUAUGAUCUGGGUUUGAAACUGGCUAAACACUGGAAGCCCUACCUUAGGAAGGACCCUCCAUGCAACAUUUUGUGUGGAACUGAAAAACCUGAAGUGUACAUUGAACCUUGUAACUCUGUAAUAGUUCAGAUUAAGGCAGCUGAAAUUGUUAACAGCGAUAUGUAUAAAACUGACUGUACUUUGAGAUUCCCCCGAAUUGAGAGAAUAAGAGAGGACAAGGAAUGGUAUGAAUGCAUGACUUCAGACAUGUUAGAACAUCUCAGAAGCAAAGCAGAAGGGAAGCUGGCCUCUAAACACCUUCAUAUAGAUGAUGAUGAUGAACCACAAGAGAAAAAAAAGAAAACUGUACCAAAGGUGAGGAAGAUAAUUGGAAUUGCUGAGCAGUUUAAAGCCCCUGAUCUUUCUAAUAUAAACAAGGUUUCAAAUGUAUUUGAAGAUGUUGAAUUUUGUGUUAUGACAGGAACAGGAAGAUAUUCAAAAUCUGAAUUAGAAAGCAAAAUAGCUGAAUGUGGUGGCAGUGUGGUCCAGAACCCUGGACCAGACACUUAUUGUGUCAUUGUGGGAACUGAGAAUGUCAGAGUGAAAAACAUCAUUGCUUCCAACAAGUACGAUGUAGUGAAGGCAGAGUGGCUCCUCCAGUGUUUUCAAACCAAAAUGCUUGUACCUUGGCAGCCUGCCUUUAUGAUUCACAUGUGUCCUGACACAAAAGAACAUUUUGCUCGUGAGUAUGAUUGUUAUGGAGACAGCUAUACAACAGAUGCAGAUGUUGCACAACUAAAAGAAGUGUUCUCAAGAAUGAAAGAUAAUAAUAAGAUGAUGUCUUUGGAUGUGAUUGCUGAAUUAGAAGAACGUUAUUCAUGGAACAGCUGCCAACUCAGUAUGUUCAGAGGAAACACUAUUUAUGUGGACUGUUAUGCUGCUGUUAAUGAUCCCAGAACAAAAAUCCGUGGAACAAGACUAUCAAUUAGAGCUUUGGAGCUCAGAUUUUAUGGUGCAAAAGUAGUCCCUCACCUAGAAGAAGGUGUGUCCCAUGUUGUUAUAGGAGAAGAUCACUCCCGAGUAAAAGAAAUGAAAGCACUGAGACGAACGUUUGGUAAAAAAUUUAAAAUUGUAUCUGAGCUUUGGAUAACUGAGUCGGUAGAGGGAGGAGUCCUAAAGAAUGAAAAUCACUACUUAAUUUAAAUUAGCUUUUAAGCUAGAAGCAAAACCCAAUCUUAUUCACAUGAUUAGACUGGGAAAUUAUGGAGUUGUGAUGAGUUUUCUGAUCUUUUGAUGUCUAUUUAAAUUUGAAAAGAAUAACACUGUAUUGUUGAAAAUAGAGGAAGGCUGUUAUUUGCACUGUUGCAGAAAUAAGAAGAUGCUAUGCUAUGUUGGGAGGCAGCCGGGAAGGGGGAGGGGUGGGACAAGAGUAAGAUAACCUAAGCCUUUUACUUCACAAACAAGUCUAGGAAGAGAUAUAUUCCUUCAGGUAAGAGAAUUCCUAGCCGUUAAUAGUGUCUGCUUCCAUUGGUCAAAAUGGAGUCAGUUAAUUACCAUUUUAAGGAAAUUCUAAUAUUUAACAUUCUGCUUAUUUAUAACUUUGUAAUCACAUUCAUGUUGUAGAACUUGUUGUAGAAAUAGUUGUUCUCUGUGUACUCUAUAUGCCACAGGAUUUCCUAAUUUAUAAACCUCUGUACUGUUUUAAUUUGUUUACAUUGUUUUUAGUGUUGAGCCUCCACACAGUCCGGGUAGCAUUUUGGUUUCAGGAUGUUGCCUUAAUCUGAUUUUUUUUGUAUAAAAACCAUUGUAAAAUGGAACAUAAACUUCUGUUUGAAGUAUUAAUGAAUUAAUAACUACCUAUAUAGCUGUGAAAUGCAAAUUAGCUACUUUAAAACUGUAAUGACUUCCUCUCUCCGUUACAGUUAAAGUCAAACCAUCAGUGCGACAAACCUAAAUUUUUUACAUUUAAUUUUCAGUUUUUUUUUCUAAAAAUGUUUU